AUGCGAGUUGUUCUAGGGGAAAAAUGGAAUAACAAAACAAUUGGAGUGGAAGGUGCUUACAUCCAUCCGGAUUUUACUCUUGAAAGACCCAUGCCCAAUAUUGCUCUUUUAUAUUUGAAUGAGCCAGUUCAGUUCAGCAGGAGUAUUCAACCAAUUUGUUUACCAGAACCUGGACAAGAUGAAACUUUUUAUGGUCGCUAUGGGAGAGUUGCUGGCUGGGAAAAACUAAGAGAGUCAUUUAUUUCUUACAAGGCCAGUGUCUCCGGUGUCUCAAUAAUUUCCGAUCGGGACUAUGUUCAUUCGAUAGAGUAUAAAAAACUAGGAUAA